AUGACAACGGACCAGCUGGGACCAGGGACGUCCUCGAAACUCCCGCUUCGGGCCAAGCCAGACACAGUUGUCAAGACAAAAGAUGGCUCUGUAUUCGACCUCGUAGCGACCUAUAACCGCCUUCUCGCCGAGGACAUCGAGCUCUCCAUGCCCGUCGCGGCCAUCGAGGCCCUCAUCGAACUCCUCAGCCACCUGACCACCUCCACGGUCUUCGAAACAGUCGAAAUCGUGAAUGCGCAGAUCGCCCACCUCAAGGCCUCGGUGCCGAACCCAAUUCCCCCGACGGCCGGCGCAGAGCUUUUCACCCGGACGCUCCUGAGUUCUCUUAGGCAGGAGACCAGGGACGACGGGUCGGGCGGCGCCGGCCCCACGCGCAUCGCCAGCUCCACCAAGUUGAGCUUCGAGGACAUGCGCCAGUAUCUGGUGCGCAACAGCCGCGGCUUUGCGGCUCAGGCCAAGGCCGCCCGCGCCGCUAUCGCCGACGUGGGCGCGCGGUACGUCACACCAGGCAGCACAGUCCUCACGAGCGGUGGGAGCAGGUGUGUCAAGCAGUUGUUGCUGCGCGCCGCCGAGAGGAGGUCCGAGCUCCACGGCAGUCCGGACUUCAGGGUCAUCUACGUCAUGGAUGGCAGCCCAGACAGCGAGCCUGCGGUGAAGGCCCUGCGCGAGAGGGGCGUGCCGGUGUCAACGGUCGAUGUCGCAUCCAUGGCGCACGCCAUGAGACUGGCCAGGGUCGACCGGGUGUUCGUCGGUGCCGAGGCUGUGUGCCAGCGCGGUGGCGUCCUGUCGAGGAUGGGCACAUACCAGCUAGCCAUGCUCGCCAAGGAUCUGAAGGUGGACUUCUACGUCGUGACCGAGACGCACAAGUUUGCCAUGGUGCUGCCACUGGACCAGAUCGAUGUAACGCGGCUCGGCGUCAAGCAGAAGGUCCUCGAUUUCAAGAAGGGCAAUGAGGAUGAUACAGCAGCCACUACGGACUCCAAGUCGACUGAAAACCAAUGGCAGGCAGAUUACACGCCUCCUGAACUGGUGAAAGCCUUCAUCACAGAGCAGGGCACCAAGACACCAGCAUCAAUACUUGACUUUGUCUUGAGUAUAUACGCCUCUUGA